GACGCACACCUGAUAUCUAUGGUCGGUCUGCAAAAUUUGGGCUACCGAUAUCCACGCUGAAAAUUCCAUACUUGUACCAAAAAUACAGUGUGGAAUCAAGCUGUAAUCAAAAAUAAAUAAAUUUAAUGACGUCUCGUCAGAGACCUUCGUAUUUGUUGGGAAUCCCACAAUUUUAGUGUGUCCAUAAAUUAUUUAUACUGAACUUGCGUGUAACAAUAUUUUUACAGCAGUAGUGUUGAGUUUCUUUGUAGUGUACAAACCAUGGGUAACGUAGGUUGUUCUGUCGUUGCGUUAUGUAGACUGAUUUAUUGACUCACUGACAAUGUGAUUUCCGAAAUUCCGGUAUUCGAUAAUAUUUGACACCAUUUUCAAUUCACAAUGAAUAUGCCGCUUUUUGUUGCUUGUUGGCUGUCAAUGGCACCAUGUCAUAUUAGACAAUCAAAGCCUAAGUCAAACAAUAAGCAACUCUUAAUGAGUGUACGAUAUGUUUCGAGUUGUCAGACACUACGAAAAACUUCCAAAGCGAAUUGUGAAAGCCGUAUAGUACUUAUAACCAUUUCCUUUCUUAGUAGCAUUUACUCCCCCAUGAACGUAGACAUUGCUGGAAAACAUAUGAAAGACUUAUUCAUACCUUGUUAGUGUUACGCCAAAAGAGGAUUGACGGUGAAACUGGCAUACUGCGAAUAAAGUUAAGUGGCCACCCUUUCUUUAUAACUGGAAGUAAAACGCGUCAAGUUUCAUUUUCAAAAAUUAAUCAGAAGUCACUCUGUGCUUUCGUUUAUUUACACUAAGUUUAGGACGCAUUUCAUUCCGUGUCUUAUGGUAGAUGCUAACUGGUUUAAAGAAGACGGAGUUCGCUUCAUUUCAGAAUUCAUUCCUGUGUCGUUACUUGAGUUAUGAAAUAAGUGAACUAGUAUUGAACAAGCUUACCUGGGGAUAAAACAUAUGUCGUGUAGCCAUCCGAUGUGAAUAUGUUCAUGACUUUAGUUACCUGGACAAACAGCCAGCAAAUGCAAACUCAUGCUUGAGAUGAGAUUAUAACCGUUUUUAAGAUCAGGAAUAGAUUGUAUACAUUAGUUCUCCCACAUUUCCAUCGCUUUUUCAUACGGAAUCGAUAUUCGUUUUGCGGUAUGACCAUCAGUUACUUAAGUCAAAUAGAAGCUCAACAAUUGGACAAUGAACUAUUCAAUGAAUAUGCUUUUUCUGUUGAUCAACUUAUGGAGUUGGCUGGUUUAAGCUGCGCUGUUGCUAUUAAUAAAGGUUAUAAACCUUCCGUGUACUAUCCGCGUACUCCAACUAAUCAGCUGUACAAAAAUCUGAUCAUUCAAUGCGAAAAGAUGGACGUCCCGUUCCUAUCCAAUUUAACUGAUGGAGCACUUAAAUUAUCUCAAUCAUAUGAUUUGUUUAUCGAUGCACUUUUCGGAUUUGGUUUCAAACCGCCUGUGAGGCCAGAGUUUAGUAAUGUUUUAGAAGUGAUUUCGACAGCUCAAGUUCCUGUUGUAUCAAUUGAUGUCCCAUCAGGAUGGAAUGUAGAAACUGGACCAUUAGACAAUGUGAGCAAUAUACAACCAGAUUGUUUAAUUUCACUAACCGCACCGAAACUGUGUGCGCGUUAUUUCCAAGGAAGAUAUCAUUUUCUAGGCGGGCGAUUUGUACCGAAUUCACUAGUAGAUAAAUACAAAUUGAAAUUACCUAUAUAUCCAGAUCAUCAGGUAUGUGUUCUGUUGAAUUCGAAAGAUGACGGAUAUGAAAUGCAUUCUACUUACCUUAACUAAUGUUAUCUUAGUAAAAUUUUAUUAUGAUUUUUACACUUAAAAUUCUGUUAAUGCAUUGUACACAAAGCUUCAAAAUAUGCUCUUCAUUUAUGGUACGUAUUGAUUCAUUGAUAUAAAUGGAUUAUGAAAUAAAAUCACUAUUUUCCUUUUCUUUAUACAUUUCUUGUUUAAUCCUGUUGUUAAAAAUUAUAAUUGUUGAUAAUAUUGCUAAAUGACUGUCUUUAGUUCUUUUUUAUGUAGUUUCUUUUAACUAAUCUCAACUAAUUUGUUUCAGUUAAUUUUGUAUUUCCCGUUGAUUGACUGAUUAUUAUGGACCGUAAUGAGCUUGAACCCCAGUGGUUGCGGACUGUUGAAGAGCUCCUAACCAGGACGAGACAGUUGCCCAGUAUUCCAAAGUUUUCCGACGGCUCUCUAACCAAUGU